AUGGUCUUACAGGUCUCAUCGCCCAACAAUGUCAAGGUAUACGGCAUCACAAGCACCACAAGAUCCGCCAUUCCUGACUGGCUAGCCGCCAAAAAGAAGGACGAACUCAAACGAGAUCCAGAAUGGAGGAAUCGUGUCGAAUUGAUUCAGGAUUUCGAAUUCCCUGAAGCUUCUACUCGUGUCAAGAUCACUCCUGAUGGAAAACACAUUCUGGCUACAGGUGUAUACAAGCCCAUGCUCAGAGUAUAUGAACUAGCUGAUCUGGCCAUGAAGUUUGAACGACAUUCAGACGCUGAGAAUGUUCAAUUCAUCGUCCUAUCUGAAGAUUGGACAAAGUCGGUACUACUACAGUCUGACAGGUCACUCGAGUUCCAUACUCAGUUUGGAAUCCAUUACAAGACUCGUGUGCCAAAGUUUGGACGUGAUUUAGCCUUCCAUUACCCAUCCUCAGAACUCAUUGUCGGUGGUGCAUGCCCAGACCUAUGGCGUCUAAACCUCGAGCAAGGACGCUUCCUCAACCCCAUAAUAACAUCAUGCCCAAACAUAAACACAGUCUCUGUCUCUCCAGCCCAUUCCCUAACAGCAGCUGGUGGCGACGACGGACGCAUCGAAUUCUGGGCUUCCCACAAUACAAAAUCCCGUGUUGCAGAACUGGACGUGGCCAAAGUAUUGAACUCAAUGAGUGCUUCGUCGAAUGUAAUAUUGGAAUCCUUUCCUGAAAUCAGUCAAGUGACGUUUCAUGAAAAUGGAUUGUUGAUGGGUGUUGGAACCAGUUCUGGACAUGUGUUGCUGUAUGAUUUGAGGAAUCGGAUGCCGGUUGCUUGGAAGGAUCAUCAGUACGGGUUUCCCAUUAAGAAUGUGUCGUUUCAUUCUUCGGGGAAUGUGGUGUCGUCUGAUACAAAGACGCUCAAGAUAUGGAAUCAGUAUGAUACAAAACUAUACACAUCCAUCGAACCAACUCACGACAUCAAUGACGUUUGUGUCAUUGAUAACUCUGGACUGAUAUUGGUUGCAAAUGAAGGUGUUCAAAUCUUGAGCUACUAUAUACCUUCGUUGGGUCCUGCACCAAGAUGGUGUCCAUUCCUCGAAAACCUCACUGAGGAAUUAGAAGAAAAUCCCAACCAAACCCUAUACGACGACUACAAAUUCAUCACCCGUAAAGAACUCAACCGUCUCGGUCUCGACCACCUUAUCGGCACCAACGUCCUACGAGCAUACAUGCACGGCUUCUUUGUCGAUCUCCGUCUAUACGAAAAAGCCCGUGCAAUCGCAAAUCCCUUUGAAUUGGACAUUUACCGCAAAAAUAAAGUACAGGCUCGUAUCGACAAGGACCGAGAGACUAGGAUUCGUGAUAUUAAGAAACUGCCUAAAGUCAACAAAGAGUUGGCGAAGCAGCUGUUGGCUGAUACUAAAGCUGCUACUAGUACAAGUAAUAGUGAUGUUACGAUGAAUGGCAGAGCCAAGAAGAAGGCUGCCAAGAAUAAUGAGGUUUCGGCUACACCAUUGUCUGAUGAUCGAUUCAAGGCCAUGUUUGAGGAUGAAGAUUAUGAGGUUGAUCAGACGGCUCUGGAGUACAAGUUGUUGCAUCCGACUACGAAGAAACGUCACCAACGGGAAGAAGAGCAGGAGGACGAAGACGACGAUGCUGCUCUUGAAGGUGGGAAUGCUGAUUUAGAAGAGGAAGAAGAACGUGAAGGUCAUGGAAGUGAUGUCUCGUCAGAUGAUGACGAUGAAGACGGUGAAGAUUCUGAAGGAGAAUAUGAUAAUCGUCGAUACAACAAUCAACGUACCAAACCACCACCCACUCAAACAAUCACUCCGUCAACAACACCAUUCCAGAAACCAAACUACAAGGAUCGGAACAACAAUAAUAAUACCAAUAGCCAUAAUGAUGGUGGCAACCAAAGAUACAACAACAACUCAGCACCAUAUCAACAACCAACCCUUCGUGAUAUGGUACAUACCAAGGCCCGACACAGCAACAACUACAUCCGAGACAACACAACAUCCUCAUUCUCAACUGGCUCCAAAUCAAUAACGUUUGAUAUGCCAGCUAAACCAAGACGUGGUGAUAAACGCGGUGGUGGUAGAGACUUUGACGAUUUUGAUAAUAAUGAUGGUGGAAGAGGCGGACGAAGCGGCGCUAGAGGUGGAAGAGGCAGAGGUGCUAGUAGAGGUGGAUAUAAUAGUAAAUUUGGAGAUUCUAUGAGUGGCGGGCGUGAUAUGCCUGGUGGAGAUGGCGAGGGAGGUGAGGAGAGAAAGAAACAGAGAAGAGGUGUGAGAGAGUUGCAGUUCAAGUCGUUACCUGCUCGUGGUGGUGGGGGUAGGAUACAUCGUCGUUGA